AUGGCAAAAAGUGAUAUUUUAUCCAAGGAAUACGUUUCUGAUUCAGAAGUUGAAAGUGAUGAUGAAUUGAAUGAUCAAUUCAGGGUUCCUGAUGGUUAUAAACAAUGCAAACAUUUAAAAAAAUUCUGUGGUAUCAAAGAAUCAGACAAACAACAAGUAUGGUUGAUAAAAUUACCAAAGAAUGUCGAUAUUUCUAAGUUAGAUACUUUACCAUUAGAUGAAGGUCUGGUAUCGGUUAAGGAUGAUGAAGGUUCUUCUAGAGUAUUGCGAGCCGUCAAAGAAUCUACAAAAAAUUCAGUGAAUAGUUUGAGUUUACUAGUUCCAGGUGGUAAAGAUUCAAAAGAAUCUCUAACUAUUUCAACAAGCAAAAAUGGGAAAAUGUUAACUUUUGAUAGAGUCGUGGCUGUUUCUGAAAUGGCCAAUAUCCCAAAAAUAGAUAUGGAAAAAGUUAAAGUACCUCGUAAGGAUAUAGUCAAAUUGGAAGGUUUACAAAUGAGAUAUUUCCCAACUGGUUACUCUGCAGAAGAUUAUGACUUGCCUUCUGACACUAAGCCAACAGUCAGAAGUGAAGAGAAAUCAAAGGAACAUAAAUCCGAGAAGAAGAGAAAGCAUACAGACUCUGAAGAUACACCUUCAAAGAAGAAGAAAAAAGACAAGUCCAAGAAGAAGGAUAAGUCCAAAAAAUAA